GACUAAAGAAGUGAGAUUUAGCCAUGUUUGGACUGUAUCUGUGAACUAGGCUGCCGGAGACUUUCCGAAAGACUUGACACCGCUGGCGAAGACGUGCGAGGAGUUUUCAUUUUUGAAACGAGUGGGGUGCAUCUCGUCUCCUUGAAGUGAUCCCGUGUUUGCAGCCGAUCCACUGCGCUCAUAUCGGAAGGAGCCUGGGUGCAUGCAUGGGGGGCAGCAGCGACCAUUACUUUUGAGCAGACCCCCUUUCGCCAUGGAGCUAUUCGCCCGGUCCUCGGGGACGUACUGGCCUGAAGUCGGAGCGAUACCUGCCGCACGGGAAAGCACCAUCUGUCCCCUGUAAAGAAAGUGGAGCAUGCAGCCGAGCCACGGCCGUCUUUGUGUGACCCGCUGUUCAGUUUCUGGGGGCCUCUUCUAAGAGAAAAAAAGAGGGGGGCUCUACUCUUCUUGGUGCUGAUCUGAAAUUCACACUCCACGCCAGAAAUCCAGAUUUUGGCACGGCGCACCAAUAUGAAAAGAUGACCGGCGAUACAUCUCCAAGAACCACUGAUCGCUGACAUCCCUCCAGAUUUCUGCUCUUCCCGCUGCAACACAUCCAACAAACAUUAUUAGCCAGCAGGUGUCUGGAAACGUUCGCAUACUGCACACAAUGGCCUCUGCACUGUGGAGGUGUCCGCUGUUCCACUGCCUCUUGCUCCUACUCUUUCACUUCCAUUGUUCAGAAGGGUUCAGCCGUGCAGCCUUGCCUUUUGGGCUGGUCAGGAGAGAGCUCUCGUGUGAGGGAUAUGCAAUCGAUCUCCGCUGCCCAGGGAGUGAUGUCAUUAUGAUUGAGACGGCCAACUAUGGCCGCACUGACGACAAGAUCUGCGACGCUGACCCAUUCCAGAUGGAGAACGUCAACUGCUACCUCCCCGACGCCUACAAGAUUAUAUCACAAAGGUGCAACAACCGUACCCAGUGUGUGGUUGUCACUGGCUCUGAUGUCUUUCCCGACCCAUGCCCUGGCACCUACAAGUACUUAGAGGUCCAGUAUGAGUGUGUUCCCUAUAUUUUCAUUUGUCCUGGGACUCUGAAGGGUAUAGGAGCCCCAACCUUCAUAUAUGAAGCAGAGCAGCAAGCAGGGGCAUGGUGCAAAGACCCCCUGCAGGCUGGAGACAAGGUCUUCUUCAUGCCCUGGACGCCGUAUCGAACUGACACCCUCAUCGAAUACGCCUCUCUAGAGGACUUCAAGAAUGGCCGCCAGACAACCACCUACAAACUGCCACAUCGUGUUGACGGGACAGGCUUUGUGGCCUAUGAUGGUGCUAUCUUCUUUAACAAAGAACGCACACGUAACAUUGUCAAGUUUGACCUCCGCACGCGCAUCAAAAGCGGCGAGGCUAUUGUGAACAAUGCCAACUACCAUGACACUUCGCCGUACCGCUGGGGCGGGAAGACGGACAUUGACCUGGCAGUAGACGAAAGAGGCUUGUGGGUGAUCUACGCCACAGAGCAGAACAAUGGACGCAUUGUGGUGAGCCAGCUCAACCCAUACACCCUCCGCUUUGAAGCCACUUGGGAAACGGCGUACGACAAGCGCUCGGCCUCCAACGCCUUCAUGGUUUGCGGCGUGCUGCAUGUGGUGCGCUCAACCUAUGAAGAGAAUGAGAGCGAGGCCAGCAGGAGCCACAUCGACUACAUCUACAACACCAAGCUGAGCCAGGGUGAGCACACCGACAUCCUCUUCCCCAACCAGUACCAGUACAUCGCCGCUGUGGAUUACAACCCCCGGGACAACCAGCUAUACGUGUGGAAUAACUUUUACGUCCUGCGGUAUGACCUGGACUUCGGGCCGCCGGAUCCCGCGGAAGUGCCAACUAUUGAAGACUUCUCCGUCUCACCGUCUAUACCUGAGACCACCUCAGUGCUCACCACCACUGCUGCAUCUACAGCGAAAGGACAGAUUAACGCCACUGUAGCAGCAGCAGACCCCAGAGAUGGCAGAGACCCAUUUGAGGAUUCACGUGGCUCCAGCACAGCGGAGCCCACUGUCCCAGAGCUGCCUCCCACUCCCAGGCGUUUCUGCGAGGCGACCAGGAGGAGAGCCAUCGACUGGCCCCAGACCCACACUGGAACCACCGUGGACAGGCCCUGCCCCAAAGGCACCAGAGGCAUCGCCUCCUUCCUCUGCACCAUGGCAGGGACCUGGUGCUCCAAAGGGCCAGACCUCAGCAACUGCACCUCGCACUGGGUGACUCAAGUCGCACAAAAGAUCCGAAGCGGGGAGAACGCUGCUAAUUUAGCCAACGAGCUGGCGCGCCACACACAGGGCCCGGUUUUUGCAGGGGACGUCAGCUCCUCAGUGCGCCUGAUGGAGCAGUUAGUGGACAUCCUGGAUGCUCAGCUGCAGGAACUCAGGCCCAGCGAGAAGGACUCGGCAGGGCGCAGCUUCAACAAGCUUCAAAAAAGAGAGAAGACAUGCAGGGCAUAUAUGAAGGCAAUUGUGGACACCGUUGACAACCUCCUGAGGCCGGAAGCUCUGAAAUCCUGGAAAGACAUGAAUUCCACAGAACAAACGCACGCCGCCACUAUGUUACUGGAUACCCUGGAGGAAGGGGCGUUUGUCCUUGCAGACAACCUGAUCGAGCCAGCUAUUGUAAAAGUGCCUGCAGAGAAUAUCAUGCUUGAUGUGUAUGUGUUGAGCACUGAUGGUCAGGUGCAGGACUUCAGGUUCCCUCAGACAAGCAAAGGUGGAGCGUCUAUUCAGCUUUCCUCCAACACCGUCAAAGUCAACAGUAAAAAUGGGGUGGCCAAACUCGUGUUUGUGCUCUACAAGCACCUGGGCCAGUUCCUCAGCACGGAGAACGCGACACUGAGAGGUGUGGGUGAGCCGGGCAGUCGCAACCUCUCACUGACCGUCAACUCCCACAUCCUGUCCGCCUCCAUCACCAAGGAGUCCAGCCGUGUGUUUGUGGCUGACCCUGUGAUCUUCACCCUGGAGCACCUGGAUAAGGAGCACUACUACAAUCCCAACUGCUCCUUCUGGAAUUACUCAGAGAGGAGCAUGAUGGGAUAUUGGUCCACUCAAGGCUGUAAACUGCUGGAAACCAACAAGAGCCACACCACUUGCUCCUGCAGUCACUUGACCAACUUUGCCAUCCUCAUGGCCCACCGGGGAAAUGUGAGGGACGGGAGCGUCCAUGAGCUCCUACUCACCGUCAUCACCAGGAUGGGCAUCGCCGUGUCUCUGGUGUGCCUGGCCAUUAGCCUCUUCACCUUCUGCUUCUUUAGAGGACUGCAAAGUGACCGCAACACCAUCCACAAAAACCUCUGCCUCAACCUCUUCAUCGGCGAGCUGGUCUUCCUCGUGGGCAUCAACAUGACGGAGCCCAAGCUGGUGUGCUCCAUCAUCGCCGGCGUCCUCCACUUCUGCUUCCUGGCUGCCUUUGCCUGGAUGUGUCUGGAGGGCGUGCAGCUGUACCUCAUGCUGGUGGAGGUGUUCGAGAGUGAGUUCUCCCGCAGGAAGUACUACUACAUCUCCGGGUACCUCUUCCCGGCUGUGGUGGUGGGCAUCUCAGCGGCCAUCGACUACCGCAGCUACGGGACACAGCGGGCAUGCUGGCUGAGGGUUGAUAACCAUUUCAUCUGGAGCUUCAUCGGACCCGUAACCUUCAUAAUUAUGCUCAAUGUCAUCUUCCUGGUGGUGACGAUGUACAAGAUGGUGAAGCAUUCCACCUCCAUGAAACCCGACUCAUCCAGGCUGGGGGGUAUCAGGUCUUGGGUGCUGGGAGCAUUUGCCCUGCUUUGUCUCUUGGGCCUGACAUGGUCCUUUGGCUUGUUCUUCCUCAAUGAGUCCUCCAUUGUUAUGGCGUACCUCUUCACCAUCUUCAACACCCUGCAAGGGAUGUUCAUCUUCAUCUUCCACUGCCUCCUCCAGAAAAAAGUCCGCAAAGAGUACAGCAAAUGUUUCCGUCAGUCCCAGUGCUGUGGCGGCCUGCCCUCGGAGGGCUCCCACAGCUCAGCCAAGGCUGCCACGUCCCGAUCCACAGCCCGUUACUCAUCUGCCACGCAGAGCCGCAUCAGGAGGAUGUGGAAUGACACUGUGAGGAAGCAGUCGGAGUCCUCCUUCAUCUCAGGAGACAUAAACAGCACCUCCACGCUCAACCAGGGGAUGACUGGCAACUACCUCCUAACUAACCCUCUCCUCCGAGCCCACGACACUAACCCAUAUAACAACCUGCUGGCGGAAACGGUGGUGUGCAACACCCCCUCUCCACCGGCCUUUCACUCUCCAGGACAGCACUCUCUGACCAACAGCAGGGACAUCAGCGCCAUGGACACCCUCCCCCUCAAUGGCAAUUUCAACAACAGCUACUCCCUGCGCGACGAUGAUUACGAGGAUGUGGGCGUCCGGGCCCCUGGUGACCUGGGGGGCCUCAACCUGGACGACGCCACCUUUGAGAAGAUGAUCAUCUCGGAGCUCGUCCACAACAACCUGAGGCCCCGCGGUGCUCCCAAAGGUCGCGAAGCCCCGAGGGAGAGGGACCGCGCCUUGCCUCCCCAGACCAGGGUGACAGUGGACCGAGGUGGCGGUGGGAGCGGCAGCGAGGACGAUGCCAUCGUGGCGGAUCACGCCGAGGCCUCGUCCCCCCAGAGAGGAGGCGGAAGAGGAGGCCACCCCACCCUGGAGCUGCUCCUGCACCCUCACCACAAGGAGGCAUUGGAGGCCCCCCUGCUGCCCCAGAGGACUCACUCCCUGCUCUACAGCGCCCAGAAGGCCCCCAGGCGCUUGGAAGGAGCGGGGGGCCGCGGCUCAGAGACUGUCACCACAGUGGAGGACGUGGGCUCCCAGUCCCCCAACAAUAAUAGAGACUCCCUGUACACCAGCAUGCCCAACUUGAGAGACUCUCCCUCACCCACAACCUCGCCCUACCCCCCUGAAGAAGAGGAGGACCUGUCCCCGUCCCCUCGAAGCGAGAGUGAGGACGUGUACCAUAAAAGCAUGCCCGAGCUGGGCGACGGGCCCCAGCCCCUGUCCUACUACCACAUAAACCGAGGCACCAGUGACGGGUGCAUCAUCCCACCCAGCACUGAGGACUGCGCGCAAGAGGGAGAGGCUCCCAACGACGGGCAAAUGCAGCUCAUCACCAGCCUUUGAGCCGGUGGACAGCCACCUUCUGUUUUUGCACAGGUCUGAACAGAUGGGUGCUCAUGGUUGAUGUCAAGACAGUUGCCAAAUCUGGCUCUGCAUUCUACAUACCCUUCCUGUUAGAACGGGAAGUGAGGUGUUUUUUGGAUUGGGAAAGGAAGGAGUAAAUGACUUUUGCACACAGGCCUCAUUAACACACACACAGACACACACACCCACACACACAGACACACACACACACACACACAAAAAGCGUCAUUUCGAGGCCAGGCGUCUGUGGACUUGCGAAAGCUCUGCUGUUGGACUGAAGAGGUGCAGAGAAUAAUGCACAGAGCACUCUGUGUCAGAGAGAAGUCUGGCGCCAGCCCUCUGCAGCCUGCGUUUCUCUUGUACUGAGGGGCGAGUCGAAGAAUAAGGGAAAAAACAUACUCCAAGUGAAGAACUAUGAAAUACUCCUGACAUGCUCCUGGGGGACUUUGCAGAACCAGGGUCUUUUUAGUCCUGAACUAUGAAAUUAGAACUAGCGCGGCUCCACUACACCGUCAGGACGGAAACCACUAAUUCAGACUCAGGCCUUAUAUUUUCUCUAUUGCACAUUUAACUGUUGUCAAAGUAACAGCUAAAGAAAAUAUAUUUUGCUGUACCACUAGUGUAAAAAGUGAACAAAAAAAAAAAAAAAAAAAAAUGAAAUGGCAACCAUUCAGUAAAUAUGCCCUUUCAAUGUUAAUAAGAUUCUUCAGACAAGGUUAAUUGAAAAUGUGGAAAUGUGCUUUUUCCUCUCACACUUGACUCGUUGUAGUAUGUUUGAAUAUGAAAAAGAUGUUUUGAGAGAUAGGAACCCAUAUGAACCCAUGCUCACGUCUGCUUGUGAAGUGCUUUUUUGCUUUUCAUGAAUGAUGAGUUUUGCCAGUAGUAUAUUUGUUAACACCGGGGCCAUGCACAGAUUUGGAGUGAAUUGGAUACUUGUGUAAUUUAUUUUACUUGAAGGAAAAUGUCAGGUCUCAAGAUUUUUAUCCUUUGUGUCAAUGCGAUAUUGCAGUUUUGCGAACAUAUUUCAGCCUUUGACACUAAUUAAUUUAUUAACUGAACUGUUCAAAAAAAAAAAUGGAAAAAAAAAAAAGAUCAUGAUUGAAAAGUGUGACUUGUUGCAGCACUGAUUAGGUUCAUUUUAUUUCUUUUGUAAGAGCCCAUUAUCAGCUGAUAUUUAAUUCAACUCUUGUUUGAUAUCAAAU